AAUUUUAAAUCUCCGUUUACAGAUAAAUUUUGUUUUGUCAGUUUAUACGUCAAGGACUAAAUUGAAUGUAAUAGAUUUCAUUUAUAUGGUACUAGUCGAAAUCGCGCUAUUGUUAAUUGAUUUAAUGCAGUAAUGCUACACAGCUACCGUACAGUGCUAACUUAUUACUCUUUGAAUUAAAGAGUUAUGAAUGGAGAUGUUAAAAUUGUACAUACAGACAUAUCUGCAUAUAGACUGAUAGAAUAGUUUAACACAAAACAAGAGAAUACAGUGCGAAACAAACUGACAAAGGAAAUGUUGCAAUACUUAUAAAUAUGACAAUAUCUUGAUAAUAUUUUUGAAUAAUAGGAAGUUGUAAUUAAAAUAAAAUUGCUGUUAAUCGAGCCCCUCUUCGCUUCGAAUUUUAAAGUCCGAAGAAUUGAAUUCCUAGAUUUGAUUCGAUGGUUGACCCAUGUUAUCGCACUGACAUUGUACAAAAUUCAGUCAUUUUUAAACAACUUAAAAUGUAAGGGUUCUAUUAUUCAUUUACAAUUGUUUUAGCAUGUGUACUAUAUAUACUGAUAUAUUGGCAAGAAUAUUAGUGUUGUUACUAAUUGUUUUAGAAUCGUAAAACUAAUUGAAAUAUACAAUUUCUAACAAGUAAUCAGAGGGAACAUUGUUUUUAUGUGUGGGGAUUUUCUGCGAUUUUGUCAGCUUAAAUUUUGCAACAUUCCGCUAGCUUCACAGAAAUUAUUUCCGUAAAAUCAGAAAACAGUUAUAACCUACUGACAUGACUUUAACAGUAUUUGGACCGUAACUGAAUUUUUCUAUACAAAUCAAUCAGCGAAUUAUUCCAAUCACUUCUGGACCAAUAGGCGACCGAUGAAUGAGUGUUAUAUCUAUAUACAGCAUUUCGGUUAUGUGAUGAAAUAUUCUAUUAGUUCUUCAGACAGAUGGAUUUUAAUGUCCGAAAUACAUUUAUUGCUAGCUCUGUACAAAUAAGCAACAUUACAUUCGUAGCAAGUAUCCAAAGCAAGACAUAAAUAUAGCCUGGAAGAACGGAAUUAGGGAGAUAAAUAAUCCCUACUGCACUGACUACUGUAGUAAAAAAUUAAAUUGUAGUGGGAAUAUAUAAUUUUAUGUGCACUAGAAAUAUUACCAAUAUAAAUUUUUGUUAUAACAGUAUAAUGUGUAUGCUUAUUGCAGUAUUGUGUAAGAAUAAUGGAAUAUCAUAUUGUUUUAAAAUUGAUGAUUCAUUUCUUGUUGACGCUUUUUGAUCAAAUGCUUUCUUACUGAAUUCAAAAUAGUCUAUAAAAUAUGAUUGACUUCCAACUUGCACCCAAACUAUUUUUCAUGGAAGAAAUGUUGCGUUGCUGCGUUCAUUUCACAGAUAUUAAAAUGGAUUGUGUUAUAUAGGCCUACUUCAGUUAUGUGGAAUUCAUUACUUCAAAUCAUUUUUCUGUCUUAGCAGCUCUUGGCAAUUUGUUGGUUGUCACUGCUAGUAACUUUUCGCAGAGACCAAUCUCCCUUUCUGACUGAGUAUGUGUGACUUUGUUUUAUGCAAAUUUCCUAAAAAUACACCCUAAUUAUGAUACUUUGACAACUUAAAAUCACAAUAUCAAUAUGAAUAAUGGCCAAAAUUAAAACUAUGGCCUGAUGUUCAUAUAAAUAAUACAUAAAAAUUCGAUACAAUGCUGCAUUCUCUAUGACAAAAAGAAAUCACCGUCAUUUCUAUUGAAAAGAAAUUACCAGUCAAGGGAUCAAUACAUUACUAAACAAUAACUGUGCUUUUGCUGCAUGAGGGAUAAACCUGUAAUAUUAAUUUAAUUUUAAAUAUAUGUUCUGCUAUGAGCAAUAACUUUCCAAAAUCCUAUAUAUUCUUUCUAAGUAAAUAAAUGUACAUUGUAAUGAUAGUAACUUUAUCUUUUAUUUUUUAUUCAAGUCUUUGAUCCGAAGUUCAAUUUAAUAACAGUUAAUUUGAGGGUAAGUUCACUUUGUGUGAACACUCCUUUGGUAGCAUGGAUUUUGGAAUGCCACAUCAUCAAAAACAUGCAUGGAAUGCUCUCAAAAAAGCUGUGAAUGAUUAUGCCGAAAUCACAGGAAGUGAGGUUGCAGUUGUGACAAGCUACUUGAAGUCCUCAAUGCAACAAGGUGCAGGCGAUGCUCCAAUGGCUAAUACAGAAAGUUCUGUAGCUUUGCAUGGCCAUGGAGAUAUAUUGCGACGACUUCGUGAAUGUUUGGAACAUAUUAAAAAUUCAUCUCAAGUUUCUCAGAAAAAUGUUGUCGGCAAUGGAUGGGGACAUAAUGCUAAUUCAAGUACAACAGCUGCAACUUCGAUUCCAAUCAGACAACCUAUUCGUGCAGAAGAGACUCAUCACAGUCAGGCUGUCGCAAGAUCUUUAUGCUCUUCGUUUCAAUCUCUCAAAUUAGAACAAAACCCUCGAUUGAACUUUGGACAAUCAGGAUUUCCUGUUGUGAACCCUGAUUCUGCCAGACGAGGAAAUAAACGUGGAAGUCGCAAAAAAUCAGAGCGAACUACUAAUGGCGAAAAGUCAGAUUUUGAGCUGGAUGAAAAUUUAUUAUUUGAGCAACAAUCAGAUAGGACGUCAGAAGAUGAUUCAGAAACAGAUGACGAUGAUAGCGAUGAUGAAAUUUCUGAUAUACCGAGACCUCAACGAGUAUAUGGAAACCAUCACCAUCUAUCUACUAUACACAGACCUCCAAUUGAUAAUCAAUCGCAUAAUGAUCCGAAUCAAUUUGCAACAUCAUUACCUGUCAAUAUUAAUAUGAAUUUUGUGCAAAAAACCGAAGUUCCAAGAUUUACGGAUAACCAAGGUCCUCGUGCUCCAGUCGUUUAUAAUGCACAGAAUAAUAAGCAAAAUGUUCCAACGGCCUUCGCCGGUGUCAGCCGUUCCAGACCUGUUCAAAGAGGUUUUCAUGACACUCCCAAUCCAGAAACAAUGAUGGCAUCGAUGCAAGCAUUGGCUCGAAGCGUCACUGACGACAGUGCUUUAAUUUUUGGAGAACGUCCAAGGCCAAGAAUUAACACUGGUGAAUCGAGACAUGUACGAGCCCUCCAUUAGCUGGUGUCAAUUUUUCUUUUUUUUUUCAAUUUUUUUUCUAAGGAAACAAACGUAAAUGUGUCGUUUUUAUUUCUCCGUUGAUAUAAUAGAAAAUUUAGGAAUUGGUGCCCGACAUAGUCAUUGCAACUGGACGACCCACUACAUUUGUUUUCUUCACUUAACUGUGUAUAAAAACAAACUCGGAUUAUGCUUUCUAAAAAUGCCUAUUGCUGUGGGUUUGGAAAGGAUAUUUUUCCUGUUACCCAAUUUUUACUACAAAUCUUCCUUAUACCGUUAGAAAGUGUUUUGUCAGUUGGUGAAGGAUAGUUUAUUGAGCUUUUUUAGUUUAUUGACUUUUUUCUAUUUUACUAUUUGUUCGUUGUGUUAGAUCUUUUCUGACCAUGUCUAUUCUAAUUUACUUUUAGUUAUAAAAAUACGCGUUGCAAUUGACAUGCUCUUAUUUGUUAUGGUACGGUGUAUAUUGAGAAUGAAUCUUGAUUGUUUUGCGUAUUUGCUAUAGAAUGGUUGUGACUUGUAGAAUUGAUUGACAAAUGUUGAAAUUUGCUUAUUGUGUUAUGCUUUGUUUCGGUUUGACUGCAAAUUUGUGAGUGAUUUUUUAUCUUGUUUACUUCGAAUGGUAUUAGGAAUGUUUGAGGUUGGACACAAUCAUGAAUUAUUGUGUUGGUUUUGGCUCUUUUUUUCUUCUCUUUGACUGCCCUUUGCAAUUAUUUGUUUGUUCAUCAAGAUAUGUUAAAUCCAACACCCAAACCUAAUUUUAACUAGGCUUCAAUUUUUAUCCAAAUUCCAAUCGUUUUUUGCUUGGUUUUGCCAUAUCCUGUAAAUCGUGAGGUUUUUGUAUCUGUAUUUAGUUAGGACUAAAUGUCAAUUUUAUACGGACUCUGUAAUGUUUCAGAGAAGAAAGUAUCAAUGUCCUGUUGAUAAUCUUACCUGUCUUCUCUUGGAAGAAAGUUCUGAAAUAUCUAUUUGCACUAUCACUGAGAUGGUGCUGUCUAACUUCAUGCACACUCACACUAUGAGUUUCAUUAUUAACAUUUUUCGGGGCGCAUUUGCUUAAUAGAAUCCCAGGUGGAAUAGGAAUAGUGCCCAGAUCAACCGUCCUACUAAGAUGGACUGUGGGUGAACCAGUAUCAUUCGUGUAUGUAUAGAACCGAAUUAGUUUUGUGUUGCAAUUUUAACUAACAUACAGAUAAAAAAAAAGUGUUCCUGUUUCUCGUACUGUUCUAAAAUGUGACCUACUUCAACUUCAUCUCUUAUACUGGCUAAUAUCUAAAUAACCAGCUGUGUUUGUGUUUUGUGCCACAUAUGAGCCGCUUUUGUGACAUUUGAAUUAUUAUAUUUCUUUACUGUUGUGCUAUAAUUUUUCUCUUUUUCAUACAUGGAAAUAAUGAAGAACAUCCUUCGCUUUAAUACUUAUUUAUCUUUAUUGAUACUUUCAAAUGAUAAAUAACUGAUACAGCUUACAGACCCAACAAAUCAUUUGAUUAAAAUCAAAGUCAAAAUUUGCAAAAAAAUAAAAAUCACAAGAAGUACCGAGUUAUAGGAUUUCUGCUACUCCUGUAGUGUGUGUACCAGGUUAGGGUUAGGUCAUAAUUUCAUUCCGAUUUUCCUUAUUUUAGUUCUAUUACGAGUUCGAGGCUUCCGUUCCUUUACACACAACUUGAUGUAAAAUAGGCGAACGAAAUUAGUUACCUCCGUAUUUCUGGAUUUCCAAAUGGGACGGGAACCGUUAAAAUGUCCUAUGUCCCACCACUCUAGAGUAUUUACAUACACAUGAGUGUCAACUGUAGCACAGGUUGAAAAAUAGUUUCAAGUUAUUUUCUCUUCAAAUUUCUUUUUGGUGCCCCAUAUGGCAAAAUCGUUUUAAAGUCUGAUAUUUUACAGUAAUUAAGGCUUUGUAUGCUACUGACUUAAUCUAAAACAAAAAACUGAUUUUUUUUGCUCAUUAUACAUCAUUUUGCUAUGUUGAGAUGACAUUAUGAAUUGCGCACUAACUUUGUAUGAACUGAGUUGAUGUUGCAACAUCGCAUUAAUUAUGUUUUGCAAUUCUGUGUCUGUGGAAUGUAUCCCUUGUUUUUUUUCAUUACCUCAAAUUUAGAACAUUAUUAGUGGAUUAUGUUAAGUAAGGCUUCUAGUUAAUCAUGUGAAUCAUUACACUGAAAUUAAUACAGUUCUUUAUAGCUUCACCAAGCUCCACCUAAGAAUGCUAAAUUUGUAUGAACCUGUACAUGUUAGCUAUGUUUUCAUCUUCAAAAUGUCGCUUUUGUGCUAAUAGUCCGUCCUCUCAUCUGCGCUAAUAAUACUUCAAUUGGUGGUUGGUUUCUCUCCCCCAUCCUGAGCAUGGUGUGAUGACAUCUUCCAGGGCCUUUUUCGCCAAGCAUGGGUAGCAGGUGUAAAAACUUAAUGAUAGUCUCGAAUCCAGCUGCAUUAAAAUAAUUCGAUGGUAGAAUUUAGUCCAUUAUACUAUCAAAUCACCAUAUCAGCAAAUUCAAUUGUGUUUGAGAAAUGUUUUACAAAGUAACUUUACUUUACUGAUGAUUUGACAUUAUUUUUCUUCCGGCUUGUAUCGUUGGUUAAUAAACCGGUGCUUUUAUCAUUGUUCAAAUGUC